AUGGAACUUUCGCAAGGUGCCGCGCAGGCGAUCUCAAAGUUCACUGAUGACUUGGCGAGCAUUGAUUGCAAGUGUGAUGAGGAGACAACUGCCCUGCGCCUCGAGUACCGCAGCAAGAUGGAGCCUCUCCUGAUGGAGCGCCGUGAGCUUCUCAAGAGUGUCACCAACUUUUGGUCCGGUGUGCUGUCGUCUCCUGAGACACCUAUCUCGGCGCUGCUGAACGGCACCAUUGAUCCUAAGAUUAUUCGCGCUGUCACAGAUUUUCAAGUGGUGACCCGUAUCAGCGAGAAUAAGCUCUACCGGAAGAUCAUCUUUACCUUCCGUCAGAACAUGUUUGUCGAGGAGGGCGAGAUCUCACGAGAGGUCGACACGGACAUGAAAACGACCACUCUGCAUCCAGUUAAGUGGAAGUCUGGCACCGAGCGCGCGCGCACUGACUCGCUUUUUGCCUUCUUCACAGAGAGCUUUUCUUCAGAUCCUGAAGAUGUGAUGGAGGUCACUGAGGCUCUUGAUACAAUUUAUCAGAACCCGUUCCUGGCGGUCGAGGCGGACUAA